CCUUAUUAUUUACAUAUUUAAUACAAUAUCAAAUUAUGUGUAAACUGUAAACAAAUAUCAUUGGCUUGACCUUUCACUAUUCAGAUGUAUUAUUUUCUCAUGUGUUUUGUCUGUGUGUUGCAGUAAUGCCGUAUAACAGCGCCCAUCACUGUGUCGUUGAGGUGGAGAACUUCCUGCUUUUACUGGGUGGAGAAGACCAGUGGAACCCUAAUGGCAAACACAGCACUAACUUUGUAAGUCGGUAUGAUCCAAGAUUCAAUAGCUGGAUACAACUACCGCCCAUGCAGGAGAGGAGAGCGAGUUUCUUCGCUUGCUGCCUGGAUAAGCACUUGUAUGUUGGGGGAAGGAACGAGACAGGUUAUCUGUCUAGCGUUGAAGCCUAUAACCUUGAGACAAACGAAUGGAAUUACGUUUCGUCUCUUCCACAGCCGCUGGCUGCACACGCAGGCGCCGUGCACAAUGGGAAAAUAUACAUCUCAGGUGGGGUUCACAACGGCGAAUACGUGUCUUGGCUGUACUGCUACGACCCCGUGAUGGACGUGUGGGCUCGGAAACAGGACAUGAACACUAAGCGAGCCAUACACGCUCUCGCAGGCAUGAACGACCGCCUCUACGCUAUUGGGGGCAACCACUUAAAGGGAUUCUCUCAUCUGGAUGUGAUGCUGGUUGAAUGCUAUGAUCCUAAAGCAGAUCAGUGGAAUAUCCUGCAAACGCCCAUCUUAGAGGGACGCAGCGGGCCUGGAUGUGCUGUUCUUGAUGACAGUAUUUACUUGGUGGGGGGCUACAGUUGGAGCAUGGGGGCGUACAAGUCAUCCACCAUUUGUUACAGCCCAGAGAAAGGCUCAUGGACAGAAAUGGAAGGAGAGGUGGCUGAACCUUUAGCCGGGCCGGCCUGUGCCACAGUCAUACUGCCGGCCUGUUUACCAUUUAACAAAUAACUAUAUAAAAAAGAGGAAAAACCUGUCGGGAUGGAAAGUCAAUCGCUGAAUCAAUGAAUCAAACCCAUGAGGAGACUCUCCCUAAGGAACGCCCCCAGCUUUUGAACAGGAGGUGAUGAGCUGUACAGAUUAUUAUUUUUUUACUGGUCUGACAAGAGCACUUUGUUUCUUUCAUACUUAAAAGUUUUAAACUGAUGUAAUCAUCAACUUUGCGUAUUUGAUGCUCACGUGUGUUGACAUUCAACUGCUCACAUUCAAUCCUUUUUUUAUCGUAAAUGUUUUUGCUUAACUUGGCAUACAGUAGCGUACGCAUACUUUUUUGAACCAAAUCGAUAUAUCUUCCAUACGUACUUUGUAUUUUGUGGAAAUCGCUGAUUCAGGCGAUGCUGAAGAGGGUCGACAAAGGAAUACUCUUGUUUUACAAGCAAAACUCAUGAUUCUGUGUACGCUGUAGAGUAGAUAUCAGCUAUUUAAUAUAUAUCACACCACCUCUGCUUGUUAUUAAUAUUGCAGCCAUUCUUAAGUGGCAUAUUGUUAUUUGUACAGAUGAGAGGGGGAUAAAUGUCAAUUAUGAAUUAUAAGGGAAAAAAACAUUUCAGUAAAACACAAGUUAUGAUUUAUUGUUUGAACAAUCAGUAUGUUAUUUAUUUAGCCAUGUGGUAUAUAUGCAUGGCGUAAAGUGGAAAGCUUAUUGUGUUAUGCUGUGGGUAUAUUUGUUUAUGUUCAUAUCUGUUUAUAUCUCACAGUGCCUAUUUUAAGCAUCAGGCUGCUUUAUUUCAGAAAAUUGCCCAUUAUAAAAUCAGACGUUUUAAAUGAUAUAAAUGAUUGGCCUGAUUGGUUUCUCUGAGACGUGAUCUGAAAUCGGACUCUGUUGCACUGGUGUUUGAUGGCCCUUUUGAUGAGAAAAGGGAAUGUUUUUCAUUGUUGUAAAUAAUCGCUUGCAGUGGAACAUUUUUGUGCUCAUGGGAUUUAUUCUCAAAUCCUGUUAUGUUCUUUACAUUUAGUCUAUGAAAAUAAAAACUGAAUUUCUGGAU